AUGCACUACGCUGCAGGUGCGUUUCGGCGGCGGCUGGCCGCAGCACCCGCAGCCACGCAGUGGGCGGGGUGUAUGUACAGCUACCCGGGAACGCGUCUCUCGUUUCCUGCCUUCAGAAGCGAAACACACAAGGCCACGGAGGGCGGCAAGUGUGUCUGGCCAUCCGCAAUUCAGUUUCAGUCGCCAGCUUCCCUUCUUUCCCGCAGAGACAGACAGAAACAAGAGCGCCGACGCCCUUCAGGACGAGCUGAGGCAAGCGACUUUGUGUCUAAUGUCCCCUCUCAGCCUGUGGUGCCACGUCAUUCCCAUCCUCCUCCCACCUCCUCAAUCUGCUGCUUGGUCGCGGUCUCUUCGCGUUCACAGGCAGCAUCUCUCCGGCCUUCUCCUUUUCUCUCCUCGUUUUCUGCCCCUCCUUCUCUCAUGCCGUCGUCGUCGUCGACUUCCCGUCUCUCAGGGCCGCUAUUCCCCGGGAGUUCGUCUGUAGCGUUUAUACGCGUCUGGCAGUCGCUGCUUUGUCCGCCGUCCACUUCUACUUCUACUUUGUCUUGCUUCGCGCCGGCACCAUGGCCUCGUGGGCAGCUGCUCGCCUCCCCUGCUGUUCAAUCUUUGAUGUCUUCGUUCCAUAGCGAGGCAUCUUCGCGAGCGUUUUCCCGAGGUGCCUCAACCGCGUCCGCGUCUCCUUCGUCAGUCUUGUCUGCCUCUUCUUCUGCAUCCUCCGGUGCGCAUGUCUCCCCUUUGGACUCCUCUUCGUCGUCUGCUAAGUCUUCCGCUCCCUCACCUUCUGCCACUUCCCAAAGCUCACUCCGCGUUUUCUGGCGUCUGAUGGAGCACGACCAACUGCGUCUGCUUCUCGCGUUUGUCGCCAUUCUUCUCAGCAGCGCUGCCCAGAUGAUGUUCCCCUUUUACCUCGGGCGCGUCGUAGACCGGUUUCCCCAGCCUGCGGAAUCGCAUUCUUCAGCAUCGUCUCCUUCCGCUUUCUCUCCGCCUUCCUCUCUGCCGGCUCCGUCCGCCGCCGGGCUCUCGGCAGCUGGCGAUAAAGAGGCGUCGCUCCCUGAAGGGCCUGUGCCUGGUCUCGCUUCGCGUGAGUCCUCUGAUGCUGCCUCGCCCCAGCAGGCCAUUGUCUUGGGCUCAAUCGCCACGCUGGAAGGCAGCGCCCUGGCGUGCGGCGCGUUGCUGCUUCUUGGCGCGGCGACGUCCUUCCUGCGUCUCUAUCUCCUCGAAACCACGAUUGAAAGGACAGCUGCGCGGCUGCGCCAGAAUUAUUUCUCUCAUCUUCUCCGCGAGCCGACUGCGCGCUUCACCGCAGAGAGCUCAGGAGUCCUAGUCAAUCGCCUCUCAACGGAGAUCACGCAGGCGAGUCGCAUUCUCAUCGACGUGUCCUUCGGCUUGCGAUGCGCGAUCUCUGCGUCCAUCGGGCUUGCGGCGGCCUCGGCAGUCGCGCCCGCGUCGUUUCUCUGUUCUCUUCUGCUCCCGAUCGUUGGAGCUGGAUUCGUGCUGCGGCUUGCGGCGCGGCGCGCGCGGCAGUUGCAGGCGCAGCAGGCGGGGGCGCUGGGCUCAGCGAUGAACCACGCCGCGCAGGUGCUUCAAAACCGCAAGGCGAUUCGCGCCUUCAACGCUGAAGACCUCGAGGUCGCGAACUUCAGACACGCGCUCGACUCCGUGUAUAAGGUCGCGCGCCGAAACGCCGCAGCCGUCGGCGCGAGGCACGGACUCGUGUUCGCGAUCGGCGGCGGUUUUCUUCUCCACGUCAUCCAGCGGUGCGGCAGCAUCAUUGCCUCAGGCGGCCUUUCGCUGGGCGACGUGACGGCGCUGGCGAUGUACUGCGUCAUGGCGGGCUCGUCGCUGCAGGGCUGCGUGACUGCGUAUGGCGACAUCCAGCGCACCCUGGGGAAUGCGGAGAAAGUCCUCGGCGACCUCGCAGCGCCUGACGAGCCUUCGCGAACGCCCGCGGGCGCUCCCAAAGCAGCGCAUCCCGACGCACAGGGAGGUGGUGCCGGCACGUCGCCGGGGGAGCUGCGAGGCGACUCUGCGCGAGGGAGCUUCAGGGAGAGCGCUACCUUUUUCUUGGAAGAGCGAGCAAAGCAUAUUGGCGCCGACAUGCAUGCGCUCCGCACAGGCAGGGCUGAGAGAUUGGCGCCGCUGGAAGCCGAGGAGGGCGCUGCGGCAAAGGCUUCGUCUUCUUCGUCGGAUGCGCUGCAGACGCCAACCCGAGGGACGAGCGUGACGCUAACAAACGUCCAUUUUGCUUACCCUGAGCGGCCUGCGCAUCCGGUGCUGCGCGGCCUCGACUUGCAGGUGCCGCCUGGAGCGUUUCUCGGCGUGCUAGGCGCUAGCGGCAGCGGGAAAUCCACGCUGGCGGCGCUGCUUCUGCGGCUGUACGAGCCAACGGAGGGAGAAAUUCGCUUCGACGGCGUUCCUCUGCGGCGCCUCGACGAGCGCUUUGCGCGGAGUUUGGUCGUCCCCGUCACACAGGAGAAUUUGCUGCUCUCAACGAGCGUACGAGACAACAUCGAAUACGCAGUGCGCGCAAACGACUUGCUGUCAGAUUCCUGCGCCUCGCCAGCUGGUGCGCUGACCGGGCGCGCGAAGACAGCGUGCGAUCUGGCGGUCGCGACGGACUUUGUCUCGCAGCUGCCCCAGCGCCUGGAGGCGGUGCUUGACGAGAAGGCGCUUUCGCUCUCAGGCGGGCAGCGCCAGCGCAUCGCCAUUGCCCGCGCGCUCUGUCGACUGCUCCCGGCGUCCUCGCCUCGCGCGGUUGCGGCUGCUGCGUCGCCUGCUUUGUAUGCGGCGAACGAACUGCCGCUGCUGCUGCUGCUGGAUGAAGCCACGUCGGCGCUUGACGCGCCCACUGAGCGUCAGGUCCUCGCCCACGUCAAAGAGGUCCUCUCCGGACGCACAGCGAUCUUCAUCACGCACCGCCUCAGCGUCUUGGACUACGUGGACUACCUCGCGGUGCUGGGAGAAGGCCGUGUGGUGCAGAGCGGCAAGAAGGAAGCUGUGCUUGCCGCGCCGUGCAAGGAGCUUCGCCACAUGUAA